AAGCCAAGCGUUUAUUAGCCAAUUAUUGGUUUUAUAUAGUGUUAAGUUUUUUCUAGAGACAAACAUUGAUCACACAUGUUGCUGUUUUCUUUUUUAAUCGAAUAAGCUCUGUCCUGCUAGAUUUCUUUUUAGAUAACCAUCGCGUUGUUCUUUAUUGCCGUCUCCGUGCUUUCCUCUUCCGCCUCGCAUCCUUUAUGCACAGCACGCUACUCGUGACUCCCCCGAGAAAACAGACCUUCGCGUCGGAACAGCAUGGCUCUCUCCAUCCGCGCCAACUGAGAGAGAUGGAAGCCAAGCAACACUCAAUAAAGAGCCUUAAGAGCUAUCCUGAGGCCGGGGGUCGGAGCCUGGCUGCGGCUGCCGGGGGAGACGUUGGCGGCGGAGGAGGCAGUGGAAGUGGAGGUUACCGUACCGGCUCGGCCGAAAUGGAGAUGGAGACGAAGAUCCAAAAAGCUAUCGAAUUCAAGGUUGAGGGUCAUAGAUGCUACAAAGAAAAGAAAUUUCGCGAAGCUAUCGGGAAAUACCACAGAGCUUUGCUUCACUUAAAGGGGGUGCAUGUCAUCGACGGAACCACGGGCUCCGAAGUCAACCUGCUAAACCAAGCCACCGCCAAAUUGACGGAGGAGCAGAGGAGAGCCGUGGAGAUAACCGAGAUCGAGUGUUACGACAGCUUGACAGCCUGCCUGCUGCAGUCGGAGCUGGUGAACUAUGAGCGUGUGAAAGAGUACUGUCUGAAGGUGCUGGGUCACCAGAGGGAUCACUUCAAGGCCAUGUACCGUGCCGGCAUCGCCUUCUACCACCUGGGAGACUACGACUGUGCCCUGCGCUACCUACGUGACGCCAAGAACCGAGAACCCACAGACACCAACGUGUUGAGGUACAUCCAGCUGACGGAGAUGAAGAUGAUCAAAAGCAGCCAGCGAGACAGAGAGAGAGAGGAGGCUCUGGGUUAACCUCUGACCUCGACACCUGCUCAUCUCCAUUCCUGUGACCUGAGAUCCCUACACCCUCCAUCCUACUCUUCCUCCUUCUCCUUUUCUCUGACAGAUCGCUAGAUGAGGAAGGCUCAAACUCUACAGACCAACCAGGAUGAAAACUGAGCAUUUUGCGCUCAAUAACUUCCUUCCCUCCUUCCCUUUCCUGGAUUCCUCCCCACCUGGGGCUUCCCUCCCCAAACUGUCAACAAAACAACAACAAGCAGCGUAAAACGUUGAACGGAAAAGGAGCUUCAGAAAGAUAAACAACAUGAGGAGUUGUUAGGCUUGAAUUGGUAAACUUCUGAAAAAAUUUAAAAACAUGUUCAGUUUUCAUUUUAUUUUCUUUAUUUCAUGAUUUGAGGACCAAAGGAAGGUUGUGGGACAGUGGAGGGCUAGGGUGGGGGUAGUGGGCUAGGGAGCAGGUGGAAGUGUGUGGGAUGGUGGUGGUUAGGUUCUGGGUGGAGGAGGAUGGGAGUUGUGUGAGGUGUACUACAUAUCAGAUGCCCAGAUGGAUGGUGGCCCGUGAGGCCAAACCUGUCCCCCUACAGUGUCCUCAGAACCCAGCGACCCUGAGGAGACCUGCUCUCAUCACCACGCUACAAGCUAGCAUGCUAUAAACAGGCCAGCUACAAUGCUAGCCACGGGAUAGAUAGAGACUAGGUUAGACAUAGACUCGCUAAGAGCUAGGUACAUGUGUACCUGAGCUAACACGCAAUCGCUAUAUCUUUUGGCUGUUUACUGAAGGAUAUAGUUUGAGGGAGCUUGCCUCUGUCUCCGUGUUCCUGCCCUCUUCCUUUCUUCUGAACUACCUGGUCUCAGUUUUUCAAUUCAAGGGCUAAUUCAAGUGUUUGUGAUCCUUUCUUUAUAUUUGACCAGGAUUUUUUAUUUUGCUGUUGAUAUUCAUUGUACUUACUUACAUGUUGGUUGUUUAAAAAAGCAGAGAGCAUAACCUGUCUUUUCUGAGGGGCAAAUUAACUAGCAGACUGUCCAGCUGUGUAACAGGUAUGUGUUGUUGUGGAUCCGUGUAUUGAAGUUGUCGUCCAACCCCCCCACUGAAGAGUGCUGUGUAACUAACUGUUUUACCCCCC